CCCACUAACAUCGUCGGUGUCUUUGGCCUCUCAAUGCGCACAGUCGAGCGGGACCUGGAGGAAGAGUUUUCCCGCGUCGCUCCUGUUGAGAAAGUCGUCAUUGUCUACGAUGCCCGCUCCGCACGUUCGCGCGGUUUUGGCUUCAUCACCAUGAAGGACCUCGACGGCGCUGCCGCUGUCAUCCGCGAGCUCAACGGUAUCGACCUGCACGGUCGUAGACUCCGGGUUGAUUACAGCAGCACGAGGAAGCCU